GUCAACGAGUUGAAGUCGAAGUGCUCUUAAAAUGGGUAUAAAGCCAUCAUGAUAACCUCACCCAGAGUCUCUCAACUCCAUCUUCAGACACAGGCACUCACUUCCAGAGCCAAGUCCAGCCUGCAGUUCCUCAAGCCCAGAAGAGCCACUUGACCACCAGCAAGCCCAUACCAAACCCACCUUCAAGCAGUCAAGCAGUCAAAAACUCAAAAUGCUCUUCCAAACCAUCCUCACCAGAACCCUCUCCCUCUUCCUCCUCCCCAUCGGCUUCACCACCGCCGCCCCGGCUGCGGCUCCCGGUGCUGUCAUCAUCGGCGAGCCCGAAGCCUCCUCCUCCUCCCCCUCCUCCCCGGAGGACCUCACCACCCGGUCCUUCUCCUCCCGCAUAACCUGGUACAACACCGGCCUCGGCGCCUGCGGCAUUUCUUCGAAUGACGGUCAGCUGGUGGUGGUCCUCAACGCCGCACAGUUCGACCCGUCCACGCCCAACGGCAAUCCCAACCGCAACUCGCUCUGCGGCCGCCGGAUCAGAGUGAAUGCCAACGGCAGGAGCGUCACGGUCACGCUGGUUGAUCGGUGCGCGGGGUGCCCGUACGGUGGAUUGGAUUUAAGUCCUGCGGCUUUCUCGGCGCUGGCGAGCACGAGUGCGGGGGUGUUGCAGGGGAGUUGGGAUUGGGUUUGA